AUGAAGCAGCGCAACGUACUAAAGGUGACAGCGCGUUUCGGCCGUGUGAAGCGACUGUUGAAGGAGCAGAAAGAUAUGGGUCAGGUGGGCGAGUCGGCCGUGGUCGGAUGCGUGUCGGCAGUGGAGCUGUUUGUUCGGGACUUGGCGGGCAAAAUGCGACUGCAGGCAGCAGAAGGUCAUGCGCUGACACCAAUUGAGUUGAAGAAAAGUGUACUAUCAAGUGGAGAGCUCAGUUUCUUGCACGAGAAGGUGACUGCUAUUGACGAGAGCGCAGUCAGAUACCCCACGUCAGCGCGACGCGGUGGCAAGAAGCGGACAUCGACCACUGCUGCAACAAAGUCUUCAAGCAAGAAAGCAAAAACAACAACAACAGCAGCGAAGAAGACAGUCAGGACGUCAGCGAAAACGGCAGCAAGAACAGUAGAAACGGCGACUGCGAAGACAAGUGGUGAGCGGUCACGCUGUUCGAGCAAGGAAGCUGUACCGACUGAGGACAGCGUCUCGUGCGGACAUCGAGUGCAACCGCUGGCGGUUGAAGAAGACGAAGACUAUGACGAAAGUGACAGUGACGAGUGA